AUGCAUAUUUCCUGUCAAAAAGAAUGCGUAUCCCCGAGAGGAUCUGGAGUUUGUUUCCUAAAGCGGGUGGUUGGGCCUUGUAAAGGAAACUAUAUGGAAUGGUUCUAUGAUGCUCCUUCCAGAUCUUGCAAACAAUUUGCGUAUGGCGGCUGUCUGGGCAAUGGAAACAGAUUUGCAACCAAGGAGGACUGUCAGGAUGUUUGCUCCCCAGACAACAAGAUCCCUGUUUGUAACAAACCAAAGGCAGAAGGGGCUUGUACGGGUGAUUUCAAACGUUGGUUUUUUAAUUCCAAAAGUGGGGUUUGUGAGGAGUUCUCAUACUCUGGAUGCCUAGGAAAUAAUAACAGAUUUAUGAGCAAAGAUUUAUGUGAAAAUGCCUGCAAACACUCAGCAAAAGAAAUAAAGACGGAGGAGGUGUGUGGACUAAUGCUGGAAGAUGGAAACUGUACCAACCUGGAGAAUAAUAAUAUAGUUCCUAAAUGGGGUUAUAAUCCUCUACUUCGUAGGUGUGUUCCCUUUUACCUUAGUGGGUGUGGAGAACCAAAUAUCAAUAAUUUCAGAACUCUUCAAGAUUGUGAAGAAAUGUGCCCAACCACAUUCUCUCCAGUUAUAUCUCUUCCUCAGGGUCAGGAAUAUUUGUUUGAACGUGGCAGACCUGAUGCUGUUAUACCAGUCUCUAUCAAGGCCAACCCUCCAGCAGCAGUUAAAUGGAGCUUAAACUCAGCAGAAAUUGGAGGUAUCGGAGGAACAGCCGGAUUUGGAGCUAAAUCCUCCAAUUUUAUGAUUCUUCCGGAUUUCUCACUUCAAAUAAAUUCUGUAAGAGACUAUGACGCUGGCAUUUACACAGUAACAGCAGACAAUGGGAUUGGUUCACCAACAUCAGAAACUGUCAGGGUGGUAGUCUUCCCGGUUUUCCCAACUCUUAGCUUAGAUAUUGAUAAAACAAUCUAUGUACCCGGGUCGGAUGUUUCUUUUGUCUGCAAAAUUAGAGGCUAUCCCCUCCCUUCUGCUGUGUGGAGUAAAAAGGAGCACAGGCAACCAGAUUCUAUUCUACAAAAUGAUAAUGAUCAUAUUAUUAUUGAAACUUUUUACGAUUCCACCUUGGAAAUGGUUAGUAAGCUGACAAUAAGAAGUGUUACAGAUGCUGAUACAGCCACCUAUAGCUGUAGUGUGCAGACAGAUUUUUCUCCACUUGUCAAGAAGAGUGUCAGUAUCAGUGUACAGUAUGGUCCAGGGGAAAGAUGUAUUGACAGAGUAACAUUUUCUAAAUACUGCCCCAUAGUUGUCAAGAGUCGUAAAUGUCAGAAUAGUUAUUAUGGGAAGUACUGCUGCAGAUCCUGUGCUGCAGCUGGUUAUUUGUCUACAACACCAUAGAUGGGUAUUCAACCAACACACCAUAAAGCCUAGCCGCUGGGUAGAUAGCUGCUGCACUGUAAAUUUCUGCUGCUGGAAAUUUGACUACUACCUUGUAAAUCCCAGUAGCAGGGUAUUUAAAUACAACACCUUAAAUCCCAGCAGCUGGUUAAUUGCCUGCUGCAUUAUAACUCCCAGUAGAUGGGUAUUUGAAUACAGCACCACAAAUAACUUUUCUAGUGUAUUGUAAUAGGCCAUUUUUUAUUCUUUGUAACUUAUGUUUGAAAUAAAUAAUUUAAUACUUAA